AACGCAUUGCUUCAGUUGAAACCAACCCUGCCAGCUGAAGCGCCUCUUUCUACUUCUUCCUAUCCUUUGAAUCGCGGAGCAUCCACCUCCGCUUUUGAUUUCUUGACUUGACUCGAGCCCUUCUUCGCAAUGUUGUUCCAGCGCCUCUCGGCGUGUCUAUGGACCGCUUUGGCGGUCGUCGGUGCCGCAAAUGCUUAUGAGGGGGAUCCGGAUGUUAGGAGUAUUCCUCUCCGGACUCAUAGUCUUGCACCGCCAUAUCUGGAUUCCGACAUGCAGAGCCGGUGGUUCGAUUUCGGUGGAGAUACUAUCAUUCGCGCGGACAAGUAUAUCCGUCUGACGUCCGACAAGCCUUCUCAGCAAGGAUGGCUAUUCUCUCGUGUGCCUCUCACGGCGACGAAUUGGGAGAUCGAGGUCGAGUUUAAGAUUCACGGUUCCGGAAACCUCCACGGGGAUGGCUUCGCGUUGUGGCUCACCAAGCAGCGCGCAACGCAGGGCCCUGUCUUUGGAUCGACGGAUCGAUUCGAGGGUCUGGGUAUCUUCUUUGACACUUACAAGAACAAUCGCCCCGGUGUCACUUUCCCCUACGUUAUGGCUAUGAUGGGUGAUGGGCAGACGACGUAUGAUCAGUCUCACGACGGCAAAGCGAAUGAAUUGGCUGGCUGUUCGGCCCGUGGCAUCCGUGACGCUGCGAUUCCCACCAAGGCUCGUCUUACCUACUUCCAAGACAAGUCCCUGACCCUCGAUCUGCAGUACAAAUCGGAUCAUUCAUGGACCAACUGCUUCACUCUGACGGCUCCGGAAUACAACAUCGCUAUCCCUGCCGUCUCCUAUCUCGGUCUUUCUGCCGAGACCGGAGAGCUGAGCGAUAACCAUGACAUUAUUUCUAUCACUUCGAAUAACCUCUACAGUGUCUCUGGCGGCACCAACCGUGGAAGCGGUCCGUCGGCAGGUCGUGGACGACCUGCUGCGGCUACACCUAAGCCGCAGAAGAGCAGCGGCGGCUGGGGUUGGUUCUUCUUCAAGACGAUCCUGUUCUUCGGCGCAAUUGUCGGUGGAUACUUCGGUUGGACGCUGUACAGGUCGAAGCAGCGUUACUCGAGGUUCUAGAGAACGCAAGCGCCCUUGUAUCUUCAAUUUAUUUCAGUACCAAUUGCAUACUGCCGCUGCAGCUUUUAUUCCAGCCUUUCCCCGACCUGAUCACGAAUCAACAGAGCCUAACCAUGUCAUAUUUCCCUUGCUCGCCUUCGAUAUCUAUCCCAAUUGAGUCUCAGCUCCUACUAUCGGGCUGAAACAAACAAAACACCCGCCGUGAAAACCGUAACGGAAGCAACAAGCAAUUCGGCAAACAAACGAACUACAAUACAACUCCUCUACUUACUUAUCACCUCGACCAUCUCUGACCUCUCGGUUUUCUUUUCCUUAUUUCUCGAACUCUCGCUUUCGUCUCUUUUUCUCAACUUUUC